GUGUAUAUGUGUACGUGUGUGUGUGUGCAGUGUGUCAAAGCAGUUUAAAUUAUAAGGGGGGGGGACAGAGUGUGCUCAGAUACUUCACUAGCAAGCAGGGAACCAUCUGAAGACACCGGCAGCACAUCAACUCAUCUGACUCAGAUCUGACUAGCAUAACAAACCACCAGUUUGGUACAUUUACUUACUGAGUCCUAAACAAACAAGGGUUAAGCCCAGGCAGCGAGGUAGACUAGGAGAUGGCCUCGUGGUUUAACUGGAGCGAGCCCCACUACCAGACCCCCCGGAGGGACCCCGCUGAUGUGAUGACCGACACAUUGAUGCUGGAGCUGAGCUGGCAGCUGAAGGAGGCCGAGAGGCAGCAGUGGGAGAGGGAGAAUGAGUACCGGCGGAUGCAGACAGGAGUGGACUACAGCUGGCUGGUCAACACCCCCCGCAGCACCUUUGACAUCUCCGCAGGAGAGAGGCUGGGCCUGGAGGACCUCUGCUCCAAAAUACACCCUUCCUACUGCGGAGCCAUCAUACUGAGGUUCCGCCAGGCUGUGGUAGAGAAUGAGCCGGAGGUGCAGGAGGUGGCAGGCCUGCUCCGCUCCGUCCUCCUGGAGGCCCUGGAGCGCAUGCGGGAGGAGGAGGAGGGUCAGCGCCUUGCCCGCCAGUGGAACAGCAGACGGGCCAUGAGCAGCAUGUCCCUCAUGAGCUUCAAGUCCCGCGUCAGGAUCAACCCCUUCGGCAGCACCAUGGCCCUGACCUCCUCCGCUGCCACCCAGGGGACUGGCUUUGGUGACCUGAAGACAGUGUCGGAGGACGUAGAGAAGGGCCAGGAGGGACCAGAAAAGUCCCAGAGAGUAUGGAGCAUGCCUGAUUUCAGACACAAAGGCCUCAGUGGUAAAGUGGUCUGAUGGAUGGCGACUCCCCCAGGACAGUGUGUUGGUACAGUUCAGAAAGGUGUUGUACAGUAGGCAACUAUCUGGUGAGGGAUGCAGGAUACAUCUCUAGGACCUGACCAGACUGAUCAGCUGAAUGCUGCCUCAGCCUCUAUCACACAGCAUGGUCAAUAAACAUUUGAUCCAA